AUGUUUUGGGCUAUUUUUGUAUUGGGUCAUGAUUGUGGCCACGGUAGUUUUAGUCGUUAUCCUUGGCUCAAUGAUAUCGUUGGAACGUUUCUUCAUACUUUGAUCCUUGUUCCCUAUACUAAUUGGAAAAUAAGUCAUCGUCACCAUCACAAAAACACUGGCAAUAUUGAUAAAGAUGAAGUAUUCUUUCCUAUGAGAGAAACAGAAGUUCUUAUAAUUAAUGGUAUUAAAAAUACAAAACUCAUACCUUAUUUUGGAUUGGGUUUCGGUUGGAUCUUUUACUUGAUGUUCGGCUAUGGAACAAGGGCGACAUCUCAUAUAAAUCCAUUCGCCCCCCUUUUUGCUAAAAAUCGCGUUGGUGCUAUCAUUUCAAUCAUUUGUGUGUUUCUAGCACUGCUUGGUCUCGGUAAAAUCACCAUUCAUUUCGGUAUUUUGGCCGUAAUAAAAUACUAUUUCCUUCCAUGGAUAAUUUUUGGUACUUGGUUAGUGAUCACUACUUUUCUUCAUCAUCAUGGCGCCGAAGAAAACUUCAAGCUUCCGUGGUUUUCCGACGAUCAAUGGAACUAUGUCGUUGGUAACCUUUCUUCUGUGGAUCGUGACUAUGGUAUCUUUCAUGACAUCACUCAUUCUAUUGGUACACAUCAAAUUCAUCACUUGUUCCCGGCAAUUCCACAUUAUUAUCUUGUGGAAGCUACUACUUCAUUCCAAAAACGUUAUCCUCAAUUCAAGCGUGAAUCUAAUGAACCAAUCGUCAAAGCUUUUAUUGAUACCUUUACAAUGUGGAAAAAACAAUUUAUCAUCUCUGAUAAUACAAAAGUUUUCGUUUAUAAAAAUAAGAAAGAAGGAAAGAAACAGAA